AAGGGGAGUUCCAGUUGGUACAGAGCUGGAGGCAGGCCAGAGUGGGAACAGGAGGACCCGUGCUGCGCUUGUGGAGCACCCACACGACGCUCCUUUCACAGGUGGACAUUGAGAUCAAUGGGGAGCCGGUGGACUUGCGCAUGAAGCUGGGGGACAGUGGGGAGGCCUUCUUUGUCCAGGAGCUGGAGAGUGAUGAGGAAGACUUGCCUCCCCGCCUGUGCACCUCACCCAUCCCGUGGGGAGGCCUGUCUGGCUUCCCCUCAGACUCCCAGCUGGGCACAGCCAGUGAGCCUGAGGGCACCAUCAUCACCGGCCGGAAAAAGAGGAGGCGCAGGAGGAAACCCAGGCGGAAGGAGGAUGCAGUAACAACAGAUUCUAGUUCUGAAGAGCUGGAGACAGGCACUGAGAACGAGCUGACUCUACUGGAAAAGCCAAAGCCAGAGCCCCCAAGCAGUGCUCAGGAGGAAGGGAUGUCCUCACCACAGUCCAAAGACAUCUACCCAUAUUCUGAUGGCGAGUGGUGCCCCCAAGCCAGGUGAGCAUUCGGGUGGAUGGAAGCUGGUUUCAGGUUACAUCUUCCUGAUGACUAACACCUUAGAACCCACUCCCUGGGUUUGUUGUCCAUCUGCAUUUCUCUUUUGUAAAUUGUUCAAGUCUUUUGGCAAUUCACAAAAGAAUUUGGGCAGUGCUAAGGAUUGAACCCAAUUUUUAAAUUAUGGCAAAAUACAUGUAACUUGAACUUAACCAUUUUAACCAGUUCAGGAUGUACAAUUCAAUGGCAUUUAGUCCAUUCACAGUGUUGUGUGAGCAUCACUACCCUCUAGUUCUAGAAUUUUUCAUCAGUACCAGACGGAAACCCUGUACCCAUUAGGAAGUCACAUCUCAGCCGAGCAUGGAGGCACAUGCCUGUAGUCCCAGCACUUAGGGAGGCAGAGGUAGGUAGAUCUUUAUGAGC